UGCACUGUCAGUGACAUUUAAAAAAGCAAGCUGUCAGUUACUGUUUUCAUGACUUCGAGUUAUACAGAGUCUUUGCAUCUAAUUAUCUUGAACACUUCAGCAUUGCCUGCACCAUAGAGAGGCCAUGCAACUUCUCACAACAGCAUUAUUAUUGGCUGGGCUGGUCAGCAUCAGGACACUCCGGACUGAUGAUAAUGAUUCAAUUGCCAGUUAUGAAGGCCGGAGAUUAACCAGCAUGCCGGAGAUCUCACAGUCGAUUAAAGUGCUUCUUCUUUCAUUCAACAAUAUCAGAAACAUCAGUCUGCACUUGUCUUCAUGUCUACCCAAUCUACAGAGUCUGUUAGUUGGAAACCAACAGUCAAAAAGCAUUUACAUUGGAGACAGUGCUUUCAUCAAUGCUCCAAACCUGAAGUUCCUGGAUCUGGGAGGAAACAUGAAUGCAGUCAUCCACCAGGAUGCAUUUGUGGGACUGCAAAAGCUGCAAGUUUUAUACCUUGAUAGUAUUGGUCUCAAUGAAAGUAUACUAGAAGGAAACUACUUUCGAGAACUGGUGUCAUUACAGAAGUUGAUCCUGACUGGGAACCGUAUUAAAAGGCUUAGACCUGAUCCCAGUUUCCAUGGCCUCAAAUCACUCAAAUACAUUGAUUUGAAGCUCAACUUGAUCCAUCAAAUAUGUGGGGAAGAGCUGCGUAACCUUCAAGGGCUUCAUUUAUCUAAGUUAGAUCUUUCUUCUAAUUAUUUAUCAUAUAAUUCAACUAUGAACUGUCCCACAAUUUCAAAUAGCAUUAGUGUUGAAGUCUUGGAUAUAUCUUCCAAUCCAUUAAAUCUUGUUGGGGUGGAGAAGUUCUUUAACAUUUCCACAAGAAUCCAGAUAAGCGAACUGGUAAUGCAGCACAGCAUUCUUGGGAAGAACUUUGGGUUCUCCAAUUUGAAAGAUCCAGAUGCCAGCACCUUCACUGGACUCACAAAAAAUAGUGUCCGUUCACUGGACUUAUCUAGAGCUUUCAUUUUUGAGUUAAAUCCCUCUCUAUUUUUUGGUUUGUCACAUGUUGAAAAAAUAAAUCUGUCUUUCAACAAAAUUAACAAAAUUCAUCAGGGUGCAUUCAAUGGUUUAGGAAACCUUAAGAUGUUAAACCUGUCCAACAACCUGCUGGGAGAAAUUUAUGCAGAGAGUUUUGAAAGCUUAAGGUCUUCAUCAGUUAAUUAUUUAGAUCUGUCAUCAAACCAUAUAGGAGCAUUCCAGUAUAAUGCUCUUGUGGGUCUUGAUACUUUAGAAACAUUAGAUCUCCACAAUAAUGCUUUGACAAGCAUCCCCAUGAGCAGCCUCCCUAACCUACUCUAUCUACUUUUGGGAAAAAAUCGGAUCAGUAGCACCUAUGGUCUUCAUCAACUGGUCAAGAAUGCAGUUCUUGUUGAUCUUUCAUUCAAUCAAUUGCAAGAUUUAGGAGGCAUUCAGGACAUACUGACAAUCCGUACUCUCCGUUACCUGAUAAUGUCAUACAAUAAAAUGUCUAAAUGUACAGCCAGUGCUUUUCCCACAGACAGCCAACUGUACUUUUUGGAUCUCUCUCACAACUCUUUAAAUGAAGUCUGGAGGUUUAGCUCUUGCUUGGACAUCUUUCAUAAUAUGAAGCAACUUGUUUUUCUCAAGCUAAGAAGUAAUGGUCUCAUAAACCUACCCAAAAACAUCUUCCAGGGUCUUAAGGCCCUUAAUGUCUUGGACCUCUCUGGAAACCUUUUACGCUCUUUGUCAUCAAAUCUGUUCUUAAGUCUUAAAUCUCUGAAGUCACUCAGUCUGUCCAACAACACUUUACUAACACUUCAUCCUUCAGUCUUUGAACCCCUUCCAUCCCUCACAAUAGUAAGCCUCAGUGGCAAUCCUUUUGUUUGCACCUGUGAGAUGAUGGCAUUAGUGAAUUGGCUACCGCAUUCCAAUGUUACAAUUGCUGGCUCAUCAGAAGACACUUCUUGUGCUUUUCCAUCAACUCUUAAAGGAGUGCCACUUACUUCUCUGCAAGAAGAAGACUGUCAGUAGGUGUUAGCAUUGACAGAAUUAUCAGGGUACAUAAACAUAAUUUAGUAUAUUGGUGUCUGUUAAGAAUACCUAUUUUCAGCAUUUCAAUAUUAUUAACAGGUUUAUAUUUUAAUUUGAUAAUAGGAUAUAUUUAUUGACAAUGGCUUUUAUUAUGAUUUGAGUUUGCUCUAUUAUGUCCUUGGACCAUGCAUUGUAUUUUUGCUACAUUUCUUCAUAAGCAUGACUAAUUUGACA